CAGACGCAUGAACGGGCUCACCGCGGCAUCGAGGAAAACUUUCAGGAAAUAAACCGAAAAUACUUUUUUCCUAGGAUGAAAUCCAAGAUGGACCUUCCUCUUUGCAUUACUAUACUAAUGCUUGCCAUCCCGCUUUCAACAUUAUCAAAUCUUUCCAUACGAUCAUUACACGAUAACCCCGUACUUCUAAUUAAAAUCAAAGAUUGUAAGAUCCAAAGCGGAUCAUUGAAAAUUAUACACCCCAUAAAUAUCUCGUCAAUCCAAGAAUCUGUUGACUAUCUAAUCACAGCUUUUUAUGAUAAACCAAUGGAUAAAACACCUUUAGAACAACUUAUUAAAUACAAAAUUAAAACAUUAUACAAUAACCUGGUUCAAAUAACACCAAUGAGAGCACCACGGCAAAAACGGUGGGAAGCCAUCGGAACAGCAUGGAAGUGGAUCGCGGGUUCACCAGACGCCCAGGAUUUACGAGUUAUAAACAGCACCAUGAACGAGUUAGUUAGCCAGAACAACCAACAGUACAACAUCAACAACAAAAUAAAUGGACGAAUCGCGGAAAUCACAGAAAGCGUUAACAAGAUCAUCAGAGAACUCGAAGACGACAAACUGGCGAAAGAUGUAUCACUGCUAGUGACCAUGGCAAACAUCGACAUUCUUAAUGGUGUCCUAGAAAAUAUACAGGAUGCUAUUACACUUUCAAAGCAAGCGAUAAUAGCAAACAGGAUUUUAACAAUUCAAGAAAUAAACAACAUCAAAACGUUGUUGCAAGACGAAGGGAUAGACAUAAACCUCCCAGAUGAAGCACUUCGGCACGUGGUACCAAAGUUCGCUACUAGUAAAGAAACCAUUCUUUACAUUCUACACGUUCCCAAGCUAACCAAAGCAUCGUUCACGAUCAUUCGGAUCUACCCACUGAUCCAAGAGGACCACGUGAUAACAAACUAUCCCAAAUAUGUCUUCAGAGACGGCAACACACUUUACACCACAAACAAACCAGACGAAUUUGUACAAAAGUCAGAAUAUCUCACGGAAUUGACUGACUCCUGCUUUCGAUCACUAAUUUUUGGGACCAAAGCAAGCUGCAACGCGACGUUUGCGAAUUCGACUUCACAAACACUCAUCGAACAUGACGCCGUGUUGAUACAGAACGCCAAAAAUCACACUUUACGAUCUAAUUGUGGACCCGACGAUCGUAAACUAAAUGGAAAUUUUGUGAUCGAAUUCAACAACUGUUCGAUCACAUUCAACGAGAAAGAAUUCCGUAACAGCGAAACAACAAAAGAAAUCAACUUGAUCUAUGGCGCUUUUCACGAAACUGAUUGGAACCGUAAUCGAGAAAUCGACAUCCCGAGAAUCAAAGAAGAGGCUAUGGGAAAUCGAAAGAAAUUGGAACACGUUUACCUCAAACAAUUUCACUUCGAGAUCAAGUUAUGGAGCCUGUUCGGUUUAUUAUCGCUAGCCUAUGUGGUCUCUGCCAUCGUCGUCGCCAAACUUCUCUGCAACCGAUACGGAUCGGGACGAUCCUCUCUUGGGGAUAGAGCAGUUACAGAACGCGCUACGUCAUCAUCGACUCCAACGCUACAACCAAUAUCGUCACCAUCAGCAGCACUUCCCGUCCACCCUGCGUGCCUACCCGCAGCUCGCUCCCGACCUAUGUCAUCAAACACACGGUCAGCAAUACCGCUGCCACGGCGCGGGGCAAUGUAACAAGGAAGGCGAACUUAAUUUGGCGUCAAUAAAAUAUUCGGACUUAGACUAGCAAGCAAUCCACCUCGUGUCGACUUAUCUCUAUUGAAGAGUCCCGGAGGGGUUG